AUGGUGGAGGUGCGUCCUGUGGUGUGCCUCGUGAUGGUACUAUCCAUGGACGUCCUCGGCGCCGCUGCCGGCGUCUUCAAGCCGCCGCCGGCGAUGUACGUGUUGGGCGACUCGACGCUGGAUGUCGGCAACAACAACUACCUGCCGGGGGCGAACGUCCCCAGGGCCAACAGGCGCUACUACGGCGUCGAUUUCCCCGGCGGCGUUCCCACCGGAAGGUUUAGCAACGGCUACAACACUGCCGAUUUCAUUGCAAAGUGCAUAGGGUUCGUGAGCAGCCCUCCGCCGUACCUGUCGCUGGUGGCGCCAGCAAGCUCCGGCGGCCUUCUGGUCCCGACCGCUCUCACCAUUGGCGUCAGCUAUGCUUCCGGAGGAGCUGGCAUCCUCGACUCCACGAAUGCAGGAGGCAACAUUCCACUGUCGCAGCAGGUGCGGCUCUUCGAGUCCACCAAGGCCGCGAUGGAGUCCAAGGUGGGCCCGCGCGCCGUGAGCCAGCUCCUCUCCAAGUCCUUCUUCCUCAUCGGCGUCGGUAGCAACGACUUCUUCGCCUUCGCCACGGCGCUAGCGAAGCAGAACAAGACUGCGGCGACGCAGAGCGACCUCGCCGCCUUCUACGGCAGCCUCAUCUCCAACUACUCCUCCGCCAUCACGGAGCUCUACAAGCUGGGCGCCAGGAAGUUCGGCAUCAUCAACGUGGGCACGGUCGGGUGCGUGCCGAUCGUGCGCGUGCUCAACGCCACAGGCGGGUGCGCCGACGGCCUGAACCAGCUCGCCGCCGGCUUCGACGGUUUCCUCAACUCCCUCCUGGCCGGGCUCGCCCCGAAGCUGCCGGGCCUCGCCUACUCCAUUGCCGACUCCUUCGGCUUUGCCGCGCGCACCGACCCGCUGUCGCUAGGGUUCGUGAGCCAGGAUAGCGCGUGCUGCGGCGGCGGCCGGCUCGGUGCGGAGGCGGACUGCCUGCCUGGCGCCAAGCUCUGCGCCGACCGUGACCGCUUCCUCUUCUGGGACCGCGUGCACCUUCCCAGCGCGCUGCCAUGCUCAGCGCCCAGGCCUACUAUGAUGGCCCGGCGGAGUUCACCGCUCCCAUCAACUUUAAGCAGCUGGCUGACAAGAGCUAAGUUAGCUGAUUUCUCAAAGCCAGCCACAUUGAGUAUUUUGCUCACUGUUAUAAGUAAUUACGGGUACAUGCUCAGAUGGUUUUUUUUUGUGGUAUUUGUUAGUCACAUUUAA